CAGUGUGGGUCCCGGAGUCUCACCGAGCACAGUCACGCGGAGGCACGCUCCGAGCACGCGCGCGCGCUCCCGCCGCCCUGUACGGUGACGUGCCUGGCCGAGACCGCGCUAGGGCGCUGGAGCUGCUUCAGAGCCGCUGUCAUGGCGUCGGAGGCGCUAGCUGAGGAGAGCCGGCCGCGGUGUCUAUAGGACCUGGGGCGGCCGGGGAUGGAGAACAGCCCUGACAGCCCACAGCCUCUGCAACUCGGCGUGGCGGCCGGGCGACUGUCGCCGCCGGAAGGGCGACGGCUCGGCGGGCGCGAGGCUGAGGAUGGUCCCGCUGGACGCGCGGUGGACAGCGGCGGGCAGGGGGCGGCGGCAGCGCGGAGCAGCCUCGGGGACCCGACGUCCCCCUCGCAGCAGGGAUGCGGCGCGGGCUCGGACUUGAAGGACAGCGCGUCGUCGAGCCCUGCCGCCUCGGAGGCUCCUUCAAGAGGGCAGUACAAGGUGACCGCCUCCCCAGAGCUGGCCGAGGCCGCGGCUGGCCGAGGGUCGGGGCCAGUGGGCGACACGGGCACCUGCAGGGUGGAGCAGGUGGCGGAGGAGCCCAGCAGCACCGGCGCCCUGAGCAGCAGCUGCAGCGAGCCGAGCCCCCCUGGGGACUCGCCCAGCUUGGACUCCCUGGAGUCUUUCUCCAACCUGCAUUCUUUCCCCAGUAGCUCUGAGUUUAAUAGUGAGGAGGGAGCAGAGACCAGGGUCCCCGAGGACGUGGAGGAGGGCGCGGCGGGGCCGCCCAGGGCUGCACCUCUAUGCAAAGAGGAGGAGGAGGACCCGGCUCAGGUGCUGGCGGCCUCCAAAGAACGCUUUCCCGGACAGUCAGUGUAUCACAUCAAAUGGAUCCAGUGGAAAGAAGAGAACACGCCCAUCAUCACCCAGAAUGAGAAUGGACCCUGCCCUUUGCUAGCCAUCCUCAAUGUUUUGCUUCUCGCCUGGAAGGUGAAACUCCCCCCAAUGAUGGAAAUCAUAACUGCGGAGCAGCUGAUGGAAUAUUUAGGUGAUUACAUGCUUGAGGCAAAGCCAAAAGAAAUCUCAGAAAUUCAACGUGUAAAUUAUGAACAGAAUAUGAGUGAUGCUAUGGCGAUCUUGCACAAACUGCAGACAGGCCUGGAUGUGAAUGUUAGGUUCACCGGGGUACGAGUUUUCGAGUACACACCAGAGUGCAUAGUCUUUGAUCUUCUAGAUAUUCCUUUGUAUCAUGGGUGGUUAGUGGACCCUCAGAUUGAUGACAUUGUAAAAGCUGUUGGUAACUGCAGCUACAACCAACUGGUAGAGAAGAUCAUCUCCUGUAAGCAAUCAGACAACAGCCAGUUGGUUAGUGAAGGCUUUGUAGCUGAGCAGUUUCUAAACAAUACAGCCACUCAACUGACGUACCAUGGAUUAUGUGAACUGACUUCAACGGUUCAGGAAGGAGAACUCUGUGUGUUCUUUCGGAAUAAUCAUUUUAGCACCAUGACAAAAUACAAGGGUCAACUGUAUUUGUUGGUGACAGACCAGGGGUUUCUUACUGAAGAAAAAAUUGUCUGGGAAAGCCUCCACAAUGUAGACGGUGAUGGAAAUUUCUGUGACUCAGAAUUCCACCUUCGGCCUCCUUCAGAUCCUGAGACUGUAUACAAAGGUCAACAAGACCAAAUAGAUCAGGACUACCUUAUGGCACUGUCACUGCAACAAGAACAGCAGAGCCAAGAAAUCAAUUGGGAGCAAAUCCCAGAAGGAAUCAGUGACUUGGAGCUGGCAAAGAAACUCCAGGAAGAGGAGGACCGACGGGCUUCUCAGUACUACCAGGAGCAGGAGCAGGCUCAGGCUGCUGUGACUACCACCACCCCUUACACACAGGCCCAGCAGGGCCAGCCAGCACAAGCCUCUCCAUCAAGUAUAAAACAGUCUGGGAAUAAUGAACGGAAACGCAAGGAACCUCGGGAAAAAGACAAAGAGAAAGAAAAGGAAAAAAACAGCUGCGUGAUUUUGUAGGAAAUGCUGGCAUCUGUGGGAACCACCUAUGCAGAUGACGGAAAGGAAGACCCAGUACCUACCGUCUGUGCCUGAUCUCCAAUGGGUUUUGCUCAUGUUUUCCAGGGGAAGGUUGUUAACUUUGUUACAUUCAACUUUUUCAAGUUACACAAUACACUCUUUAUGAGCUGGAGUUUUAUGUUACAAGUUGGAACUGUGUGUUGUCACUUGUAGCCAAAUGAGUAUAUCACUAUUUUGUGUCUAGUGACAUUGCAACUCCAAUCAGUUAGUAAGCUACUGUGUUAUGUGUGAAAAUGGAUGGAGGUCACUGAAUGAGUUUGAUCCUUCUCAAGAUGUAAUUAUUAGCACAACUAUUUCUGAAACUUUACAUUGUUAAAUUAUGUUUUAAUCAAUGAGAAACGAGGAGUUUAAUAUAGGGAGGUAGAAGCAGGAACACUGAUCCUCCAUUGUACAUUGAACUGGCUCAGCCCUUGAGCACCUUCCCCUUUCUUUAGUAAUGUACAUUUUAGCUAGUACCUUGAGAACUGAUAAUGGAGCUUGGAUCCAAUUUAGAUAGAAAAAAUAUUUUUUAUUUUCCAAUAGCAAAAAAAAAAUACAUGACACUAAUACUUAUAACCUAUUCAGAUGAGAUACUGACUUUGUAGUGCUGUGAGAUGUUGAAGAAUUUCAACACCUUCAGAGCCUGAAGGGUGGCUUCUUCCUGAUAAGGACGUAGUACACGAGUGAGGAGACCACCACACUCUGGCUCAGCCUUGUAAAUAUGAGGACAGAGAGGAGCAGAGUUCACUGUCUACCUUUUUAUAGAAUUACCUUGAACCUUAAAUUUUAAAUCAUGUUUAUUGCUAGAAAAUUAAGCAUAGUUAUUUAAACCAAUAAAAAGCACAUUUCUGAAGGAGAGUUAAUCUCUUAACUCUAAUGAAAAGAUAUUAAUAAAAUUCUAAACAUAGGUAGGAGUCUGAAAGAAUUUAUGUAAAAGCAAUCAGAUUUUUUAACUUAUGAGAACCAAAUAAACCUAAGACAUCUUACAUCAUUUAUAGGAUUCUGAAAGAAUAUUUACUCAGCUUUGUGAUGAGGCAGCACAUAUUGUAUUUCUAGAUACAAUUUGGAAAACUAUCCUUAACAUGCUUUUUAUAUACUUUGUAUUUAGAGUUUGUUUCAGUCAUUUUUUAAGAUUAUUGCCAAUGCACGUAGCUGUGUGAUUUAUCCUAAACCUCAGUAAAUAUUCAGGAGCAUCACAGAUUGAACAUUCAGUUAGAGAAUAUUUCUUGUGGUCUGGAGGCAAUGAAAGACUACUAAAAGAAAAUAGUGUGGAGUGUAAGACUAUUGUCAUUGAUGUUUCCCAUGAUCCCAAACCAGCUGUAGGCUGAAUACAUAUGUAAAAAGUAGAGUUUUAUUUAUGAAAAGUAUUGUUCUAAGAGUAAAAAUCCUUCAGGGCCAUGCUGUAUCCUUUCUAUUCUUCUAUAUUAUAUGUCUAUUUAUGUCCUUUGUUGUUUCUUCAAAUUUUCUAUACUAGCAUGGGGACAAAUCAGGGAACCUGCCUGGGGCAUAAGAUUUGUGUAUAAAACACCUGGUAAGUCUUUUGAUUCCAACCUAGAGUAUGAAGGUCAGAGGUCAGACCCCUCAGGGUGGGCUGACCUCAGCAUAAACACUUGUGGUAGUCUCUGCUGACUGGAGGAGAAAGCUCAAACCUCAGAGUCGCUUUUCCCACAACAGUCUAACAUUUUAAUUUAGAAAACAAUAAACCUUGAGUAGUUUUAAAAAGUAUGCUUGAGGCAUAUUUUUCCAUAAUUAUAUUACAAUAUCUAGUUAUUUCCCUUGAAGAAUCUAUAUAUGUUACAUUAUUUUUUAUCUUAUUUUUUCCAAAUAUAAUACUGCCAAUACUGCGUUCCCUUUAGAAGAAGAAAACAGAACAAAACAAAACAACACACACACAACUCACUGAAAACCAUUAGCAUUGCUGUCAGAGGAGUCAACAUGUACUUAAGAUCAGGAAAGCACUGUGUUUGUUAAUCCGACCUGUUCUUAUGUGAGAUUUCCAACUUGGGCUUGCCUACAUUCCUGGAAUUCAGUUUGAUAUGACAAGAGUUAUAUCAAACUUAUUAUAAUAAGAUGUUUGUUUUUAUUACUGUGGGAGAGGUUAAAUGUUUGACUCUAUUAAAAUCAAUUUCUGAGAUAUGCUUUCCUGUCCUUGAAGGCUUGUCAAGGUUCUAAACUGUCACAUAUUUAUUUCCUAUGUUUUGCUCAAGGUAGCAAGUGAUGUUCAGGCAUAUUAUUCUUAUUUGAGUAAAUAUGACUUUGGAAAUGGUAUUUUGAGGGAUUUUUCCCUUAUAAUACCUUGUAAUACUUGACAUUGUCAUAAAAAUAUUGCUAACAGAUGUUACAAUUUAAACAUUUUGGAGCUUAAUGAUUCUGGGCUAAAUUUCAGGCACAUUUCUGUGCCAGUGCCACAGGUGGGCUAGCAGAAGGUGGAAGAGCAGAGACAGCCCCGGCACUCUCUCCGGCCUUAGAGCAUAUACUUAGUGACCAGUCUUCAUUAAUAACCCACGGUGUCAGCAGUGCUGUGACCUGCACUAGUUUAUCAGUACCUAGAAUCAUGUAUAUGUUUCUGUAGUAGGUUUCCAUGACUUCUGUUUAGGUCUUAAAACAUUCUGAAAACUAUCAGAUUUAAAAGUUGUAAAUAUUUAACAAUAUUCACAUCAACCUACCUACACUCGGAGUAUCACCAAGUGGUACAGCAUCUACCUGCAGUGAACAAGGACCUGGGGUCAACUCCUAGCAGACUUACACAGAUAUACAAUGCAGCAUUGGCCUUAGUCAGUGUGGGUGGGUAGAAUAACUUCCUCCAUGCUUCAAGGUCAGGCUAGGAUUUGAGCAAGUCAGAGGCUUAAGUUUGGAAGUAGGUUCUAGAAGACACACACACACACACACACACACAUAUAUAUUAUUUCCUCCCUUUUCUAUAUUUUAAUUUACCACAUAGUAUUCUUUGAAUUCUUUCUCAUUCUCCUUGAUCUUGAUACAUAAGCAAGUUAAUGUCAGAUGUUAGUUGACUAAACUUAGUGUUAUUCAUUCUGUACUUGCACAAAAGCUUCAUACAUAGCAUUUUGCUUUCCACAAAUCAUAAACGCACCAGCCCUUGAGGACCAGAGAGCAUAUGUGAGAGAAAGGUAUGACUUGUGUUCACUGUCCCUGUUGCCAUGUGAAGAAAUGUUUGUAAAACUCUUGCAAAUUAAGGCAAAAAUUUCUAGGACUGUCCCCAGUCUUGCUUAAAUUUUUAGACAUGGUCUUGCUAUAUAUAGCCAGGCUGGCUUGGAAUUGUCUGUUGUAGCCCUGGCUACCUUCAAACCCAGAAUCCUUCUGCCUCAGCUUCUCACUGCCAUGAUAUGGGGAUAUCACCAUACCCAUCUUGUUGAAACUUUCCUUUAGAAUACCAAGCAGCAAACUGAUUAUAUGUUGCUUUCUGAUUCAUUGUACCAGUUAUAUUUUUUUGACAGAAAGCUUACAGACUUGUACCUAACACUGUCUUAGACAUACAAUUUAAAUUGAAAAAUAAAUGUUUGACAAAAUAAGGCAGAGACAUUAAAAGAUUGCCAUUUGUUUAUAUUUUAAUGAAUUAGACAUGUGAAAUUCUGGCUCAUUUGGUGUUUGAAACCCGACUUUAUCAGGGCGUGGUAAUGCAUAUCUGUCAUCCAGUUUGUGGGGCUGAAGCAGGUGGAUUCUAAGUUCAAGGGCACUCUGAGCAAAUUGUAAGACCCUGAUUCCAAAAACAAACCUGAUUGUGUCUUGUUUUGGCAAUCAUUGUAUGCCUCAGUUUACUCCAUGUGCAGGGUGCUCCUCUUCCCCUGUGUCCCCACACACACUCCCCAGUGCUUGGUUCUCCUGAGUAAAUGCCAUACUUUAGCACCAAGAAUUACUGAGAUCAUCACAGAUAUUGCACAGUCUUUGUUCUCCAAUGUGUAGACUUUUUAUAAUGACUUAAAUCAGUUUUUUAAUGCUAUUAGAAUGUGUAGAAUUCUUUUCAAUGUGGUAUCAUGGCUUUCAAAAAUAUAUUUUGCAGUUGCUUUUGUAUUUGAUAGGGUAGUGUCAAGACCAGGAGUAUUUGGGCAUAGAAAAUGCACUUUACGAAUCUGUUUUCCCAGGAUUCUCUACAGAUCCAGCUUUUAGAGCUCCUUGGUCAGCCCCUCCAAGGUAGAGCAGUCCUUCCAGGAACUGACUUUGCCCUCCCCACUGCUGUCAGUGUAGACAACUUAUUUGUGACUUAGUGUAAAAAUCAACUCUGAUCUUGUGUAAAUCAAAUCCUUUAGACAGCAAGUAAGAAAUCCUAAAGGACCAUGUGUGAACCUUAGAGUCUGUGGUUCUCUGUAAGUUAGCAUCUUUUGUUACUGAUGCCUGAUACUUUUUAAACUGUUAAAGGGAAGAAUUGAGUUUACUUUUCUGAGGUAACAGUUUAAAAAUAACUUUAAAUUAAAAGCUCCCUAAAGGGAAUACAUUACAAAGAAGGUAAAACAGGAGGAAAUCUUGCAGGAUGUUGGAAAACUUACUUUGAAAAACUAUCUAAAAUUUAAUUCAUGCAUGUCUUUACCUAAUCCUGGUGUUUCUGCCCUUAGGAAUUAGAGCUUAACAUUAAUAUAUGCAUUUUUUUUACAUGUAGGACUCGAGAGCUAAACUCAACAAACAGGGUAAAAAUCUUCAACUCUUGCCUCACAUUCAAUGGUCCUUUGUCCUGACAAAAGUUAGACUUGUCUACUAAGCUGGUAUUUUAGGGUAUGAUACCCUUCCAUUAACUACUUAAACUACCAUGGCAGAGAUUGGAAAUCUAAGCUUUGCCCCAUGGUAAAGAACAAAAGUCCUCUUGUCCCAGAGAGUAUCCAUUUUAUCUAGCAUGACUUGUAAAGACCUCCUCAGCUCACAUCAUUUGUUACUGGUCAUCUUGUAACUGUUCUGUCCACCUGUCACAUCUGGAGAGCAAGGCCGCCCUGUCAGUAAAGAAUGCCCAGCAUGGAGCCCUCGGCAGGCAGCACUCGCUCCUUUGGCUCCAGUAGUCAUUUUACACCUCUAUGUGGAAAGUCAGGAAGCACAAGUGCCCAUUAGAAACCAUGGGUCACUGACGACACCCUAACAGAAAUGCCCCAGGAAGCAGCUAUAAAUCAUGCGAUGAGUUUUAAAACAGAGACUGGUGUUUAAUCUAUGAAAAUGAUGUCUGGUUUGUCAGAAUAUUUGUUGCUGUUCUUUCCCGCCCAUUAUUUUUGUGACAUAACCACUGUGACAGGGUGCAGUGCCUCUUUACUUCCCAGGAGUUUUCUAGUAGUUUUUGUUAAGACUUAUUUUUCUUGAUAACAUGACAGCUGUCAUCACACAUCCACAUGAGACAGACCACAGAAGAGUGCUGUGGCUGCAGAAUGGUGGAAGGGAUGAUCUGUGCACAGUUCAUCUCCCGAUGCCAGCACAUUUGGCUCUCAUCCUUGACUUGGGCUGAAUAAUGAGGUUGAAAGGUGGAUUUGGGAGAGCAACAAGCUAUGGAAUGUUGACUGAGGCUGUCAUUUUGAAUAGUUGUAAGCAAAAGAAACAGGUUGUCUUCCCACACUUUGCUAUGGCACAUGGAGCUGUAUGCUAGCUGAAAUGGGCUCUCAGAAUUGACCGUGGGGACUGAGCACCUCUGUUCACAUUUCCUGUCCGUCCUAGCAUCCUUUCUAUGUCUGAUAAUUCAUUCUUUUGCUUUAAAUGCCAAGCGAAGAAUGAUGAGUAAGGGAGGAAUGACAUAGAAGCAGUAGAAUAUGCUCUUUGAAAAAAGACACCUAAGAUGCACCUACCCCUCACAGGGCUCAGCUGAUUUCUGUGAAAUAAACUGUUUUAAAUGUUAAUUAUGCUAAGAGCACCUCUAAAAAUUAUGUCUUAAAUUUCAAGUUUCACUUUUGGAAACUACUCCUGAAAUAGGUGGGAAUAUAUAGGUGGGAAAGUAUAAAACGUUUGACUCAAUGAUUCAGUAUUAUUCAGUGUUUAAUCUCAAAUUUGUUGUAACACAAGGGUAGUGUGAUCGUUGGAUUAAAACGUUGGAUGUUUUUGUUAAUAUACUUAAAACUGUAACCAGUGAAUAACACCGUAGUAUUUUUUAUUAUAGAUUAUAUUUUAUUUCAAUAAACUUUGAUAUUUAGACUGAA